CGCGAAGGCAGCAGUACUUGACACGCCUUUAAACAAAACCGGAAGCUCAUUGUUGAUGAAGUAGUUAGCAAGUGAGCUAGCAACAACCAAUUUUCUAGGUAAAACUUUUACAUUCGCCGCUUAAAGCCUUAAAUCGUUCAACUCAACAAUGUCUGGAUCGGCCAACGUCGUAGCAAUGAAGAAAGUUGUCCAACAGUUACGCCUUGAAGCUGGCAUUAACAGAGUUAAGGUGUCCCAGGCCGCUGCGGACCUGCAGCAGUUCUGCCUCCAGAACGCCCAACAGGACCCUCUGCUCACCGGCAUGUCGUCCAGCAACAACCCCUUCAGACCGCAGAAAGUCUGCUCCUUCCUAUAGCACCGACAGGCCGACCCUCCGCCUGUGUGUUGACAUUGUGGUGCUUUGUGGAACGGGGUUUCAGGAUCAGGAUCCUGCAUCAUGGACUGGAAUCGACUCAGGAGCGUUAGGGAACUUGGGCCAAACGACUGACUUUUUUCUUCUUCUUUUUUUUUUUUUUUUUUUUUUUUUAACUUUUUCCUUUUAUCAAAUCUAACGUGGAAACCUUUCCAAGUGGUUUUAGCACAAAUACGUCUUAAGCUAUUUGCAUAGAACUAACCCAUACUAACAUGUGCCUUUUGAAAUGUGUAUUUUUCAUGCCUGAACAAAAAUAAAUACCUUUAUUCACAACUUAAA